AUGCGGAUCGAGUCGCCCGGCGGGAUGGAGCAGAGGUUGUCGAACCCGUCGAGACCGCCGCGUCAGACGCCACCGAGCCACUCGAGGAAGAGCAAGAGGCGAUCCGGGCGCAGGAGCAACCCGGCGGACGCGUGGCCGAGCGCCCCCCGGAGCGAGGACGGCGGCCUGGUGGCCGGCGUGGAGUAUCCGCCGCAGCAGAUGCUGUGGCAGUCCGCGGGCGUGCCGCAGAGCGUGCCGGGUAACGGCCAGCGUCUAUUCACCGCGAUGUCGGACCCGAGCGUCUGCGGCUACUCGCCGAUGCCGAUGACGUACGCCAUGCAGCCGGUCUCGCUGCCGGCGAUGUACAGGAUGUACCAGCCGAUGCCGGUGCCAAACGUUACAGCUGUCCACGGUAGGCAGAGGCAUCGCUGCAACAGGCACUCCGCGAACGUUCGCCCUGGCGCCAACAACAACGUCGUCAACGGUUACGAGAGCCUGCGGGAGAACGGCGUCCUGGAGCCCGCUGUACAUAUCGCCCUUCAAAACGGAGAUUACACCAGUCUACCACCCACCGCCAAUAAAGACAGCGGCGUCAACGGCGACGAACUCAGCUCGGAGCACAGACGGUACUCCGAUCCUGGGCUGGGACCUGCUGGGAACUCGGCCUGUUCGGACAUCGACGAUUCCGACAGCGUCGAGAGCGGGAGUUCAGUAACGACGAUUAGCCGCAGCAACAAGCUCGUUCUGUCGCUUAUCGAGCAGAUGACAGAGCUGAAAAAAUGUAACAGCCAGCUGUUUAAAGAGCUUAGUGAGACCAAGUCGAGUUUAGAAAGUGUCAAAGCAAAAUUGGCGCAAUGUAAACACAGCACGCCUGCGGAUUACCAACCUGGAAUGCUAUCAGAAUUUAUACGCGAAAUCAGAGACGCCAACAGAAGCUGCGAAGAAGGUUUAAUUACAAAAGUUAAAUCUAUGUUGGAAGAGAGAUGUAAUCAACAAGCGAGAGAAACUGACGAACUAAAGAAUCAAUUGGCGAAGCUUAUGAGAGAGAAGGAAGAAAGUGACCAACGUGUCGCAAAACUGGAGGAGGAAAUGACGGCGUUGAAGCUGAGCGCAACCAAUGAAGGCCGCGAGAUCGCAGUCUUCGAGGAGGAGAAUCUGGCGCUGCGACGGGAGCUCCAGGAGGCGCGGGCGUCCAGGACCCUGGCCGAGAACCACGCAGCAAAGUGCGUAAACUUUGCCGUAUCCAGAUCUGUCACGCCUGUAACUUUCGAUACGCCCUGUAUAACCAGCACCCCCGUGCGUACCGCUCUUACCGAUACUCGCUUCCUGUCCCUCUCCGUCCCACCCGCAUCGCAAACGUCCUCCGCCUCUGCCGUUCUACGUUGCCGUUCCGUCGCGGAGGUGGCGGCUCCUCAACCCACCUCCGAGGCGGAUCAAUGUCGAAAUUUCGCGACUGGCUCCGAGGCCGCGUCCCGCGAGAACUCACCGACGAAGGAAGACGCGUGGCAAACGGUUUCGACUACCUACAACACCGCCAUAACUUGGGUCGAAGAGGCGAGCCAGAACUCGAAAUGUCAAAUUACCAAUGCCGAGGCAAUUUAUCAACUUCUGUCCGAGAUAGAAUUGAAAGACUGCUUGGGGUUUCGCGAGGAGAAAGCGUGCGACGCCACGAGAAACAAUAGGGUAAAAUCGACGAUGACGGAGAAGGAAAGGGAGAAGAAGGAUUCAUUGACUAGUAUCCCAGAGGAAUUGUCCACUGACGAUCAGCUGCUGGAAAUAUCUGAAGCGACGAUUCAGAAAGCGAUGGAGAUGCUGUCGGUAAUGCGACAGGAUGGAGCCGAGAAUCGCGGAUCACCCGAGGUCCUCGAGGAACAGAAAGACCCGCUGGCUAAACUGAGCGACGUUCCGAGCAAAGCGGACAAGUUGAUGUACCUCUCGGACAGCCAGUCGGACAGUUUCCAGCAGAAGCUGUGCAAGUUCAACAAUCAGCGGGGCAGUUUUAAGAAGCCGCGGCGCAAGAAGGGACAUUUGAGGAAGUUGUUCAUCAAGGCCGACGAGCCCGACGAGGAUCCGCGGCAGGACAUCAGGAUCCUGGCCGACGCGGUCCCGCCGUGCACCUCCGGGAGCAAUCGCGACACGGCGAACGGGGACGGGGAUCGUUUUCCCGGCGACGAUCGCACGAGUCGGGCCAUCACCGACGUGCCGGACGUCGUCGUGAUCGGCGGUGGCCCCAUCGUCCCGAAAGACCUCUGUUCGAUGAGAACCCUGACCUCCAGAACCCAAACAGCACCUUCACGUGCCACCUACACCACCGCCUAUAUCUAGGUUGCGCGCGUACGCGCGGGGCCCCGAGCAAAAAUGUCAAAAAGAAAGCCACACACCACGCUACUCGUCGCCAAUAUUCGCGAAAGGGGGCUUCAAGGGGCUUUUUACUAGAGGCUACCACUAUGUACAUAUCGAAUAGCACACUGGAGAAGCUGGUGGAGAUACUACGUAAAAAGGUGAACGGUGCCACGGCCACGGAAACUGUAAGCAGGAUUU